UCCUGUAAUGUAUUUUUCUUACCAGUCAUAACAGAUUACUCUGAUGAUAUGAAGCUAGUUUGCGUUUUCUCUUAAGUAUUUUUGUUAAACAAAAUCCAAAUGGAUCUUGCAUGCUACCAUAGCAACCUAACCAAAAAAGAGGGUGAAAAUCUUUUGGUCCUGGAAGGAAAAAAUGGAAGUUAUUUGCUGAGGGACAGUGAAUCUGUUGCUGGAGCCUUUUGUCUGUGCAUUUUAUUUGGAAGACUAAUUUAUACCUAUAGGAUAUUCCAGGAUAAAAAUGGACUUUACAAGAUUCAGACUGCAGAUGGAGUAAAGCAAAAAAAGUUCCAAAAGCUCAAAGAUCUUAUAGCCAAUUAUGAGAAACCCAGCCAAGGUCUGAUACACCAUCUUGUUUAUCCUGUAAAUAAAGAAACUUCCUUGCAGAUUUCCUUAAACUCUAUGAGUGGAAUCAAUUCUCCUCUAUAUAAUGACACAUAUGCAGAGGUAGAUGACCGGGACUAUGUUGAUGUCUUGCCUUCUUGAGCUACAUUUCAUGGCAAGGUUCCAAAAUAAUAACUGGACAACAUUGCAAUUCUCAUUUUUUUCAAUAUCCUGUAUGCAUGGAACUGAACUUGCUGAACAGAACUUUACAAAGGAAUUCUUGUUCUUUGUAUUUUUAAAAUUCAUAUUGAAUAAAAUAUUCUAUUUUUCUUCAA